AUGAUGGGUGGCAAGAAAACUUUUGCCGUCAUUCGUGCUGUUUACGAACAUCGGUUUUCUCCUGAAGAUUUUGUUCGUGAGUUGGAUUUUGUCUUGGAGAAAAAUGUCAACGUUGUGGUAAUUGAACCAGAUGAUUUGGGUGAAGUUACUUGGCGAUGGAUUCAUACGGGAAAUUGGCUUCACAAAACUGCAGUUCUCUCAGGUCUAGCAGCCAUCGGUGGGACAUUUCUGACCUUUCUUUUCCGACACCCAUCAGAUACUAUUGUUAGAAAUUCCAUAAUUGGCAUCUCCCGGAGUCUACUUCCCAGCGUCUUUUUGGGUUUCGUGUCUGCAACCUCAGCCGGUUUAUAUGCACUUUUCUGGCAAUGCGAUCCCUGUUCCAAGUACCAAGUGGCUCGUUCCUUGUCCGCGCUCCCUGCUUGUGUUGUUGCCGCCGCUUCAGGGUCUCCCAGCAACAGUUCCAACUUCACACCGACUCUGGGAGAGGAAGAGGACGCAUCUCCCAGUUCCUCACCUAACAGACAUCGCAAUAACCACCAGAGUAGUCGAAAUCCCUUUCCAAACACGGCGGAGGCUUGCACCAACAGCGGUGGAAGUCCUGUAGUGUUAAUUAGGAGGAAUGACUUCUAUCGAAAGGUUCUCCAUAAUUCAGUGUCUAUUAGUGCUGUACUCUGUGUUGGAUUGGCAAUGUAUCGGCUGCGUUAA